AUGGCUCAACUCAAAUUUGCAAUCCUUGAUGACUACCAGGGCAUUGCGCCUGCCUAUUUCACUCAUCUCGAAUCGCGAGUUGAAAUUUCCAGUUUUCCCGAGACCCUCGACCCCCGCGAUCCCGCACAGCACGAUGCACUCGUCCAGCGACUCCUUCCCUUCGAUGUCAUCCUGGCCAUGCGCGAGCGAACACCCUUUGCCGCUAAAACAAUUGCGGCACUCCCCAAUUUGAAACUCCUUUUGACUACGGGAACCCGCAACUUGGCGCUCGACCUCGAGGCAUUUACACGUUCCAACGUGGUUGUUGCAGGUACUGAGGGUCGUCCCCCUGGUGUCAAUUCGACGGUGCAGCACACAUGGGCGCUGAUCCUGGGACUUGCUCGGAAUAUAGCCCGUGACGAUGCUGCGGUCAAACGUGGUGCGUGGCAAGGCUCUCUAGGUGUCAACUUAUCUGGGAAAACACUAGGGGUGCUCGGCUUGGGAAAACUAGGAUCGCAAGUAGCCAAUAUUGGAAGUCUGGCAUUUGGAAUGAAAAUCCUAGCAUGGUCGGCCAACUUGACUCAAGAAAAGGCCGAUGAGCAAGCGAAAGCUCAAGGUCUGCCGGCGGGAACCUUCGCUGUUGCCGCAUCCAAAGAGGAUUUCUUCGCACAGGCUGAUAUUGUCAGUGUACACAGUGUGCUAUCGGAUCGGAGCCGUGGAAUUGUUGGUACAGCUGAGUUGGCGAACAUGCGAUCCUCUGCAUUUAUCAUCAAUACUUCACGUGGGCCUUUGAUUAACGAAACGGCGCUCCUGGAGGCCUUGAAUGCGGGCCGUAUUCGUGGCGCUGCACUUGAUGUCUUCGACCCUGAACCAUUGCCUCUUGAUAGCCCGUGGCGUACUACCCGCUGGGGACAAGAUGGACGCAGUGAGGUGCUGCUUUCGCCCCACAUGGGAUAUGGAGAGGAGGAGCUAUUACGAGGCUGGUAUCGCGAAACAGCCGAGAAUUUAGAGCGGUGGUUAGAUGGACAGGAAUUAUUGCGCAGAUUGAAUUGA